AAAAACCUAUAGCGGAAAAACUUUUCCAUCGGAGGAGUUUUGUAACCGUCCGAGAAAAGCAAUCAGCUGUGCAGACACGGCGCCGUACGCAUCAUCCGGUCAAGUGUAUGAAUCAGAGUUUGUGGUCACCUGGUGACAGACCGUCAAAAUGUGAAGAAAAAAGUUAUUUUAAGAUUUUAGAAUAGUUAAAUGUUUAUUAUUUCCCCAAAAUAUGCAAGAUUAGGCCUAACUUUGCGUGGGCCUUUGGAUGCCGGCUAACCAAAAAAGGGUGUCAACAACAUUGAUUUUUUAAGUGUGUGUGAUCCAACCUCCAAGGCUCUCGCCUACUUCAUGUUUAGGAUUGUUUUUUAUUUCACUUUUGAUUUCUGGUGUCCACGCCAAAACUUUCUUUAGAUCGUAACCACCUGUAUGUGUACACGUAAACAGGGAGCGAUUCUUCCCAUCAAUAAGUAGCGAAGCAGACGAUCUUUCCAGCUGAUUUGUUGUAUCGUGAAAGUGUUUGUUUUGGAAUCGUUUUGUUGACAUUAUUAGCUCCAUGGAGCUGAUAAUGGAAAAUCAUACUAAUGGAACUAAUGGGGAACAAGAUCCUAGUUUGAUUCAAUAUGAAUCUAGUUUGUAUAAAUUUAAAGAUGAACGUGAUGCCAUACAGAAGAAAACCUUCACCAAAUGGGUCAACAAGCACUUGAAAAAGGCUAAUAGAGAAAUAUUUGAUCUCUUUGAUGACCUUAGAGAUGGACUUAACCUUAUAUCUCUCCUUGAAGUACUUUCAAGUGAAAAACUGCCUCGAGAGAAAGGAGUUCUGCGAUUCCAUAAACUCCAAAAUGUACAGAUAGCAUUAGAUUUCCUCAGAUAUAGAAAGAUAAAGCUUGUUAAUAUUAGAGCAGAAGAUAUUGUUGAUGGAAAUCCAAAAUUAACAUUAGGACUUAUAUGGACAAUAAUCCUUCACUUUCAGAUCUCAGAUAUUAUUACACAUCAAACAGAUGAGCGAAUUAGCGCAAAAGAAGCGCUUCUACGGUGGGCACAAAGAACAACAGAUCGCUAUCCCGGUGUGCGUGUUGGCGACUUCACCAAAAGCUGGAGAGAUGGCCUUGCAUUUAAUGCUAUCAUUCACAGAAAUAGACCUGAUCUCGUCGAUUAUCGCUCCUGCCUAAAACGAACAGCCAGAGACAAUCUUGACAGUGCUUUUACUAUUGCUGAACGCGAGCUUAAUGUCACAAAACUUCUAGAUCCUGAAGAUGUUGAUACUCCAGAGCCAGAUGAGAAAUCUCUUAUCACUUACAUAUCUUCUUUAUAUGAUGUUUUCCCUAGGCCUCCUUCUCAUAACCCAUUUGCGGCUGAUGACGAAAAAUCACGUAAAGUGGAAGAAUAUAAAGAUUUAUCAAGCUCUCUCUUCUUGUGGAUGCGAGAAUCUUUAUCAUCUCUUCAGGACAGAAAUUUUCCGAAUACUUUAGUCGAAAUGAAGUCAUUACUGGCUGAUUGUACACGAUUUCGAGUUGAAGAAGUACCACCGAGGUUACACGAAAAACAACGAUUAUCUCAUCUUUUCCGUGAAAUUCAGAAGAUGCACGUAGAAGUUAGUGAGGAGCUUCGUUAUGAAACUUUAGAAAGGCUUUGGAAUAAAGUUAUGGCUGCUCAUCAAGAGCGUGAUCAAGCUAUUCAUGAUGAGAUAGCUAGGCUUGAGAAACUUCAAAGGUUAGCUGAAAAAGUUCACAGAGAGACUAAACAAUGUGAUGGAAAAAUGGAUGACAUUGAACGGCAUAUUGCUGAGGAAGAGAAAAGAGUUCAACGUCUUCAUCCUAAUGAUGUCAAAUAUAACUGUGAUCAAAUCGAUGCAGAGCUCAAACAUGUAGAAGAUAGUUUAAAAUCCAUGUCCAGGGAUGUUCAAACCUUAAGAGAUGGCCGGUAUCAUCAAGCUUUGGAACUUCACAAACGGGUUCAACAGCUUCACGAAAGAUUUUUAACUUUACGAAUGCAUUUCCAAACGAGAUUGUUGAAUGUUCUUGCUACAAGAUCUUUAAAAGCAGAAGAAAAGAAAGUAUCCAAACCUAAACCAUUGUCUCUUGAAAAACUCAUUGAAACAAACAAGCACUUUAAGUUCUUGCAAGAAUGUAUUGAUUGGGUACAUAAUAAAUUAAAAUAUUUAGAAGAAGCAGACUAUGGAACAGAUCUUCAAAGUGUUCAAAUUUUACUAGAACAACACCAUACAGAGCAUAGGCUAAUUGACCAGUUUCAGAAGAAUGUUGAUCAGUGCUCUUCACAAAAAUCCCAAUUCAGAGGGGAAGAACUUGAACUAUAUUGUAAAUUAUUAUCAAAGCUUGAAAAAGGAUAUUCAGAAGUUUUAGUUUUAUCAAACAAAAGAAUGAGUGAUUUAGAUACACUGCUAGACUUUAUUCAGUCUGCAACCAAUGAGCUUAUUUGGAUGAAUGAAAAAGAAGAAAUAGAAAUCAACAGAGAUUGGAGUUCUAAAACAUUAAAUAUUCCAGAAAUUGAAGAUUAUCAAAGAGCUUUAACUAUUGAGCUUGAAAAGCGUGAAGUUCAGUUUAAUUCUGUUCAAGAUCGUGGUGAAAGUCUAGUCUUGCAAAAGCAUCCAGCUUCAAAGUGCAUUGAGGCUUAUCUUGCUGCAAUGCAGACCCAGUGGUCAUGGUUGUUACAGUUGAUGUCCUGUCUUGAUGUUCAUUUAAAAUAUGCCUUCAUUUAUCACCAAUUCUUUGAUGAUGCUAAAGAGUGCCAACAGUGGUUGAAACAGAUAGAAAACCGUUUAUCCACGACUUAUAGCCGUCAAAACUUUUCAAUUGAUGAAGGAGAGAGACUCAUGAAGGAAAUGCAAGAUCUCAGAGAUGAGCUCAGUCACUACAGCAAUGUUGUCUCAUCACUCAUUGAACGCAGUAAAGAUAUUGCCCCUCUAAAACAGAGACGUCAACCGCUACCCAGACCUCUUAGGAUCACAGCAGUCUGCUCUUUUAAACAACAAUCUAUGACUGUUAGCAAAGAUGAACAGUGCUGGCUCCAUGAUAAUUCCAAUAGAACAAAAUGGAAGAUCAUUAACUCUCUUGGAAUGGAAGGCAUGGUACCUAGUGUAUGUUUUGUUAUCCCACCUCCUAAUCCAGAAGCUUUGGAACUGGCUGAAAGUUUAAAAAAACAAUUUGAAGCAAUUGUUAAUCUUUGGACUUCAAAGCAGCGUAAACUAAGACAAAAUAUGAUAUUUGCUACCAUUAAAAUUAUAAAAUCUUGGGAUAUAACAAAGUUCCGUAGCAUUGAACCUUUGCAACGAGAGAGCAUCAUCAAAGCCUUGAAUGAAGACACUCAAAAACUGUUAAAUGAAGGAUCAAGUGAUGACCCUGCCCUCAAGAGACUUCAGGAAGAAAUAGCCUACUGUAACAAAUUAUUUGCAGACUUACAACGCAUGCUGGACCAAGAUGAAGUUGAUAAGCAAAACAAAAGUCAAGCUCGCAAAUUUAAUGACUUAUGUGCUUCUGUACAAAGUACUUUGACUGAUAAAGAAAGAAUACUGAAACAGAAAACUCAAGCACCCAUUCCUCGUAGCAAAGAAAUCGUCAAUCGUCUCGUGCAAGAACAACAGGAUUUUGAAUCAGAUUUACAUGCCUUUGAACCUCGAGUGGAUGAAGUUCGUGAAGCGUUCCGUGAGUUAUCAGUGAAAACAGCAGCUUUGCAGUCACGUCAUGACUCGGUGAUAGAAUCGUGGAAUAAUUUAUGGUCUAUUUCCAGCUUGUAUGUAGAACGAAUGAAAGCUGUUGAAUUGACUUUAUCUCAUUAUGAUGAUGCUUCUCAAGCGACUUCUCAUGCAGAGUUGCAAUUAAUUUCACUUGAUGAGGUGCCCAAUGAUACUGAAAGUGCUGCCAGAGUUGAAGAAAAUUUAAGAACAUUGAAAAUCGAGAUGCAACUGAAGCAAGUGUUGUUUGAGCAAGUUUCUCAAAGUGUUGUAAAUGUUCGUCAUUUUGUUGAAUUAAGUCGACCCAAUCAAUCUGUACACACAGAUGUAACUAAAUUAGAAGAAGAUGUGAAGAAGGUGAGGCGUCGUUGGGAUCUUGCUGGCACUCAAGUCAAUGAUAGGCUUAAAGCCUUAGAAACGUCUAUGGAAUUACUGCAGAGUUAUAAAGGAAAGUAUAAUGAGCAGAAAGCAUUUGUUAGUCAGAUGAGUACUAAAGUGGAAUCCAUGAAAGCAGUUAGCCGGAUGGAUUCUCGUGAGAUGCAUCAUGCAAUUGAGUCUACAACGAGCACUUACCAUACUUUGAGUCAAAGAAAAGCUGCUAUAGAAGAUGUGAACGUAGAUGGAGGUCGAUAUUUGCGAGAAGCAAAGAUGUAUGAACUGCUCCUGAAACAGUAUCAAGAAAGCAUUGAAGAUAACCCUGCUGAUUCCAAUGCCAAGAAAGCUAAGUUAAUAUCAGAGACUGAAAUUAUUAGUCAAGAAUUAGAUGAACUUAAUAAGGAGUAUACAGAUUUGGUCAAUUCUGUGUUACAAAGGUUGAAUGAAUUGAAAAGUUUAGUUUCUAGUCAAGAGGGACAAAAGUUUUCUGUUCCCACCAUCAUUCAAGCCACACCAAUUACUCUGAAGACGUAUCGCACUGAACUCAUCUUGGAACAAGUUCCUUUCUAUCACAUAUCCAAUCACACACAAUUUAACACCCCAUUUUCAGAUUUAAGUAACUCCACACACCAAAGAAUCAAUCACAUACCAAAUGGGACUGCAUCGAUUGACAUUAAUAUGGAUGAUAGUCAUCCACUUACUCACCUGAGUGGCACAACUCUGUCAUUCGAAGAGGUCAAGUGCAGUCGUAGAUCCAGCAUAUCCAAUUCGUUACUGUCGACCAUUUUUGAAGAAAAAACCAUCCUCGAUCCAUUUACUAAAGAAAAAAUCAGCUUUAACGAAGCUAUUGUUAAAAAUAUCAUUAAUGUCAGUACUUUGAAGUAUUACUUCCUUAAAACAGAAUAUACCUUUGAGGAAGCUGUUGCCAAAGCUUUUAUCGAUAAGUAUUUUUUUGACACUAUUCAUCAGUAUUAUGGAGUCUGUGAUCGAAAGAUGGAACUUACAGUUUUAGGUGCUAUCCAAAGAAAAUUUAUAAAUACUAACACAGGAAGUUUUCAUGAUCCAAAGAUUCAGUCUGAUAUUUCGAUAGAAAAAGCUGUAGAAAUGGGUUUAGUUAAGGGUGAUAAAGUUCUGUUUUUAAUUACUAAUAAUAUUAUAUCUUGUACUCGGUACACUAUCUCCGAAGCUGUCAUUAAAGGUUAUUUGGAUCCAGAUUCUGGAUUAUUUGUUAGUCCUCAUACUGGGAAGAUUUUAUCAAUUCCUGAAGCCUAUACUAUAGGCCAUUUAUAUACUGCUGCACCCAUCAUUGAAGACACGUUGUCUUUAUCCGAGUGUCUCUCCAAGGAUUUAAUCACACAAGAGGGCAAAGUUAUUGAUCCUGAUUCUGGUCACUUAUAUUUGAUGGAUGAAGCUUUAAUUCAUGGCAUACUGUCUAAGCGACUCAGAGAAAUCGUAGACCCUAGUAUUGGCAGCAUAGUUUGCUUGCCUGAAGCAAUAAACGACAAACUUAUAAAUCCAGCUACAGGUUCCUACGUACAUCCGCAAACCAAUAAAAUAUUAUCACUCAAAGAAGCUAAAAAAUUUAAUCUUAUCAUACCAUCUAUGACAUUGAAACACGCUUUUGAAUGUGGAAUUAUUGAUAAAGAUGGAAACGUUACAAAUAUUUUGAAUUCUUCUAAAAUAUCCUUAAUUAGGGCUGCUGUGAUUGGAAUUAUCAGUUUUGACAUUAAAUGUAUUGUUUGCCCCAAUGAAGAUAAAGUUUUAACAUUAGCAGAAGCUUUAGUUUCAGGAUUAAUAACUCCUGAUUGCAAAUUCAUUGAUGAAAAGUCAAACGAAAUCUUAAACAUUUCGCAAGCCGCGAAUAGAGGAUACCUUGCAUCCGUCGAUCGAAGAAUGGUUUUUGAUAUUGAAGGUUUUAGAGAUACUAAAACGAGUGAGUACAUUAGUUUCAAUGAUGCUGUUUCCAGAAAGAUAAUAGAUAAUGGCAAAAUCUUUGAUAUGAAUACUUCUAACAUUCUGACUAUGGCUGAGGGUAUUAACCAUAAGCUAGUCAUACCUGAAGUGUAUGAAAUGUUAAUUAAACCGAUUGGCAUUUAUGACAACUCUGGUGAAGAACUUAAUGUUCUAGAUUGUGUUGGGAGAGGGUUGUUGGAUCCCCUUACUGGCUACUUAUUGGAUCCAUUUUCUAAGCGACCUCUCAGGCUAAUGGAAGCAGUUGAACAGAAUAUUAUAACUGAGGAUGGAGCUGUGAUGCUGAAAUCUUUACUUAAUAUUACCGUCACUUUAACAUCAAUUACUAAAACUACAACUAAGUAUGUGACGGUAGCAACUCACAGCAUUGGUGCGGAUUUAAGGAUGACUUUCGAUGAAGCUUAUCAGCGAGGACUUAUUGAUGAAAGGGGUCAUACAUUUGAGGACCCUGUGACAGGCAGUGUCAUGAAAAUAGAAGAAGCUAUUAGUAAAGGCUUUCUUAGCAUAUUACCCACAUCAUCCAUACCACCACAAGGUCACAUUCAACAGUCCGAAGUAACUGUAUUUAGAAAUAAUGCACAAUUCACGUCCCUGAAUGUAGGAAAUAAUUCAAAUUUGGAGAUAAGUUUGAACUCUAAAUUAUCAGAGAGUGAUCUCGAGAAUAACACUUCUAAAAAUCACUCAUUUUUUGAGGACAAUACUAUGCAUGAGAAAUCUAGUAAUCUGUCUGCAUAUGACCCUAAGGGAUUGUUUCAAACACCAAAUGAUUUAGAAAACUGCCACGUGUAUACAAAAUCUGUCACUGAGCAUCUAAAUUCUUCAAAAAUGGAAAUUUCGAACACUUUGCCAAAUUGUAAAUACAAAUUAAAACAACUGGUGGAUGGGGGAGUAUUUGACCUUGACACUGGAUAUUUGAAUUUUGAGAAAAAGUUGAAAUUUACUUUAGAAGAAUCUGUUAUUCAAGGUCUUAUUGGUCCAGAUUCUGCUCUUGUUAAUGAUUAUUCCACAAAUAAAAUGAUAAAUCUUGCUGAUGCUUUCGAUAAGAAAGUUAUAACAACUAUUGGAUCAUACGUUAUCAACAAUAAAAUUAUAAGUAUGAGAGAAGCGGUGGAAAAAAAUUUAAUUAUUUUUGUUGAUAGUAAUGAUAAUUGCAAUGAACAUGAUUUAUCUGAAAAGAGUAUUCUUUUUAAUAAGAUAUACUCUAAUGCUCGAAUGGCAACAGCAGAUGUUGGAAUAAAUGUUGGUGAGGAAAUACAAAAAAGGGAAUUCUCAAAUUUAAGUAAUAAGAUUAAUUUUUCUUCAGCAAUGGAAUGCGUUGAUCAAAAUUUUAGUGCACAUUCUGAUUGUCUGAAGCAGAAAAAAACAGAGGUUGAAAAAACGAUAAUUCCUGUUGGUACUUCAGAAUUCAUUACCAAUUUUGAUUUGAAAAAUGUUUCUGAAUUUUCUUAUGAAAGUGGUGUAACAGCUCAUGAAUUAUUAGGACAUACAUUAGAAACUCCAGUGAUAAUUAAUUCAGUUGAAGUAGUGACUGAAGAGCCUAUGGACCUUGAUUCUGAACAAAUAAAAUCUGAAAUUCAGUCUAAAGAUAUAGAACAUUCUAAAGAUGAAAAAAUAGCAGAUAAAGAUGAGUGUACUGAUGAAAGCAAUUCCAAAAAAUCUUUAAAAGCUCAGUACUCAGUUCCCAGGUUUGAAGUGACAAUUGGUAGAGCUUUGUUAGAUGACCCUGCCAAAGCUGUAGUGCUCAAGAAGGUUAAGAAGAAGAAAGUGUCCCCUAAAGAUGCUGCUGAUAAAGGUGUUACUGAUAAAGAAACUGCUGACAAAUUAAGAGUCGUUGAAAGCUUAUUUGGAGCUGAUGGAAAAUCUCUUUCUCUUGAAGAAGCUGUCAAGCUAAGUUACAUUAAUGGAAAUGAUGGCACAAUCAAAGAUCCGAGAAACAAUGAAACUCUGACUAUAAAUCAAGCCAUUGACAGCGGAAUUUUAGAUCCAGAAACUGGCCAGUUCAACCUUCCUGUUGGUCGUUCUCUAAGUAUACCUGAAGCUGUCAAUCAGGGUCUAGUUGAACCUACACAACAGAAGAUUGUUCAUCCAGAACAUGGGGAACAUUUGUCUAUACAAGAAGCUAUUGUUUGUGAAAUUAUAAAUCCCAUGUCCGAAUUGAAGGAACCAUCAACAGGAAAGAAUGUAACAUUAGAAAAUGCAAUUGAAAUCGGAAUCGUUGAUGGCUCAAAUGGUGAAGUGCAAACAUUUGAUGGGAAAUUGAGUAUGUUGGAUGCGGUGAAGAGAGAAAUUUUUGAACUUUCAAAUCCAGUUCAAAUCAACUUGCCUCCCUUGGCCGCUUCGUUUCCUGUUGCUCUUCGACAAGGAUUUAUUGACCUUAGAGCCAAAACUUAUCAACACCCAAUAAGUGGGCAAAUUGUUUCUAUUCUUGAAGCUAUUAAUCUUGGUUUAAUUAUGACUUCUGGUAGUAAAGCUGAUGAUGAUCAUGCCAUUUAUCUUUUUUCUGCUCUUGAAAAUAAUCUUAUUGAUCCAGAUCAUUUUACUUUAGUGCACCCAAUAACUGGCAAAGCAAUUUCAAUUGAAGAAGCAGUAAAUUCUGGGUUGUUAUUUAUAUCUUCAGAACUACCAAAACAUUCUUUAUUCAUUCCAAAGUCUGGUGAAAUUUAUGUCUUGAAUGAUCUUGUGAGUAAUAAGAAUUUUAAUGUGGAAAUAUAUACUAUAUUCAAUGGAAAUAUUGAAAUCCCUUUGUCCACUGCCUUCUCUCAAAAUCUGCUGCAGCUGGAUGGAGUUGUUGAAAUACUUGACGAACGUAGAAUGUCUGUUUUGCUCGAAUCAAUUAAAGAUAGCUUUAGUUUGAGCCCAUUAAAUUAUGCAAAUGCUGUUUCUUCUGGUUUUUAUGAUAAUAGGCAUAAUGUAUUUCUUGACAUCAGUUCUAAAACUGGUAUUAGUUUUAUUGAAGCCAUUAAACAAUAUGAUGCAUUUAAACAGUGCAUGUUUAAAAACCCAAACACUAUGUCAUUUGUUUCACUUGAAGAUGCAAUUUUCCUGUCAUUAAUAGAUAAAAUAACUGGAAAAUGGUUCGAUACAGUUCAACAAAUGACGUUUUCUUGUUUUGAAGGUUCUGAAAAGGGAGUUAUUAUUUACAUUCCAAAUUUAGAAAAUAAAUGUUUGGAAGAUAUAAAACCAUUGACAAUGCAAGAUAUCAUUGUGAAUAAAAUGUUAAAUUUAGAGGAUUUGAAACUCAAGUUACCUGGUGUCAAUCAAUUGAUUUCAUUAAAUCUGGCUGUAGAAAGAGGAAUUGUAAAACCCACCUCAAUACUUGUCUACAAUCCAAAAUUAAAUAAAUUAAUGCCAUUAAAUGAAGCUCAGGAAAAGGGUUUGACUGACUGUGAAAACGAUAUUUUUAUUCAUCCAGUCACUAGCCAAGAGGUAAGCUGGAAAGAUGCAUUUAAAAGAGGUUUUAUUGUACCAUUACGAAAACCGAUAUCUCUAGAAGCUGCUAUAAGACAUGGAUUCAUCGUUCUCGAUAGUGGUUUAAUAACUGAUCCCAUCACAAAACUGGAUGAUAACAUUGAAAUGGCUGUUAGAAAAGGGAUUAUAGAUGGUAAUAUUUCCCUAAUUUGCGAUACAAAAAUAGAUAAAUUUGUAAGUUUGGAAGACGCUCUUCUCAAGCGACUUGUUUCCAAAUCCGGAAAAGUAAGAAAUACUUUAGAAAAUAAUUGGCUAAAUUUCACUGAUGCACUUAAUCAAGGACUAAUUAGAACUAAACAUCUUCAGAUUUCUUUAAUAGAAGCCAUUGAACAUGAUUUAUAUAAUCCAUGUACUGGAAGAAUUCUUAAUCCUAUGUCUGGCUGUGAUAUGACCUUGAAAGAAGCUCUUGCUUUGGAAUACAUAGAAAGUAACACUAUCAAAAUAAAAGAUCCUAAAACUCGGAUUUAUAUUAGUUUAAAAGAUGCCAUUUCUCAAGGAAUAUUAAAUGAUACGUUGGGGACAUACAGUCACAUAAUUUCAAUUAAUUUGCUGCAAGCUUUAGAUAGUGGGUUUAUAAUCAAUUGCAAUUUUCCUCUAAGUUUACCUGAAACUUUAGAGCAUGACAUGUAUGAUGUAGACUCUGGCCAGUUUCGUCUCCCAAAUGGAGAUACCCUUUGUCUACAGGAAAUGAUAGACAAAGAUUUAGUCAACGCCAACGUAAAUACUAUUUUUGAAACACAUUCCAACACCAUCGUUCCUCUUUGCGAUGCUCAUAGAAAUGUGGAUGCAGUGAAAAACUGUGUUAUUACUGAUCACGCUCAACUAAACUUUCUCGAUGCUUAUGACAUUGGUUUGAUUCUACCAUUUAAAAGAAAACUCACACUUUCAGAGGCUGUUACUAAAAUUUUUUAUGACUCCGAAUCUUGUAUUUUCUUUGAUCCUUUUUCUCAAACAGAACGCUCACUUAAAGAGUCCUUUGAAAGGAACAUCAUUGACGUUUCAACCACAAUAUUUUGUGACAAGUUCAAUCAGAGAGCCUAUUCUUUCCAAGCAGCUGUAAAACAAAACUAUAUUGACCCUAUUCAUGGUAGAGUUAUUACAGACUCUUCACAUUCCAUGUCUUUCCAAGAAGCUUUUAAUAAAAAAAUUCUAGUUGAGAUAAAUUAUUUAUCUCUAACAGAGGCUAUCACAACUAACAUUUAUCAGAAAAAUGUGAAUCGAUUUAUUAAUCCCUUUGAUGGGAAACAAAUGACUUUGGCUGAGGCAAUUGAACUAAAAUUUAUUGAUCAUUGUUCAACUGUAGUAAAAGGCAUAAAUAGCCCUCAAAUGGAUCUAGACGAAGCGAUUGAAAGAAAUAUUGUUGAUGCCCAAAACAGUUUUGUCAAUCUUCCCAAUAAGUUGUGUAUUACCUUAGAUGAAGCUUUAGAGUUGGGUUAUUUAAAUGACAGAAACCCAUGUCUGACUUUGCAACAUGCUAUUAGUAAUGGCUUAUAUGAUAAUAAAACUGGAAAAUUUUCAAUUAAUUCAAAGGUUAAAACUUUACGUGACUGCUUGAAAUUGCAUAUAAUUGAGGGAACACUUCCUUGCUAUUGGGAAGAAAUUUCUAAUAAAGUUCUUUCUUUAGAUGAAACAAUAGUAAAAGGUUUGAUAAAUGGAAUAACAGGAAGAUUUUUUGAUCCCAUAACUUCCAUCGGAAUGCCCUUAGAUGAAGCAUUGCUUAAUGGAUACUUAAUUAAUACUGAAAAACCUCUAACGUUAUAUGAUGCUUUAAAAUUUAAUAUGAUAACUGAACAAGGGAAGUUCGUUAGUCCAAAAAAUGGAAUAACUAUGUCCUUAAGAAAUUCAUGUAAAAGUGAAUUAAUUUCUCCUAAAUUAUCUUUAGUAAAAACAAAUAAAGAUGAACUUCUUUCACUUGAUAAAGCCAUUGAUCUUCAAAUUAUAGAUGAUAUAGCUGGUACAUACACUUUCAAAAACGAAGGAAUCGUAAUUACUUUGAAUGAUGCUUUCAAACAGAAUUUAAUUGUUCCAUUCACAAAACCUCUUGAUUUCGUAGAUGCUCUGAAGAUGGAUCUUUUCGAUAUAGAAUCUGGAACAUUCAUUGAUCCAUUAUGUAAUUCUAAUUUAAAUAUACAGGAAGCAUUGGAUUCUCAUUUGAUAAAAGACGACGUUGCUGUUUAUGACAGUUCUUCCAACACUUUGAAAUCUCUGCAGUUGGCUAUAUCUGAUUGCACAAUAGAUCUUAAUUCUGGAAAGCUUAGAAAUUCUCAAGGUAUCUAUUGCAUAAAUCUACAUCAAGCUAUUGAGGAGAGGCUGCUUGUGAUAAUGGAGCCAGGUUUCAUAUCCAAAAGUCGCUUAAGAAGUUCUCCAUUAUCUACAAAUUUUGCUUGCACUUUGCAAGAGACAUUGAAUAAAGAUUUUAUUGAUAGCAAAAAUACCUACAUCAAAGACCCAGAAAAUAUUGAAUGGCUAUCCAUCGAUCAAGCUGUCCAUAAAGGCGUUCUCAAUUUACGCCAAAAAGUGAUAUUUUGUCAUAUCUCAAAACAGACUGAUUUACUUGUUGUAAAGUAUGACAAUCGUCAGAUGUUUUGUGAAAAACCAUUUUCAUUUAAAGAAGCCUUACAACUCAACCACUUGAACCUCUUUAGUGGAAUGUAUAAAAAUCCCAGCUCGAAUCAGAUAUUCACUCUAAAAGAGUCUAUAGAAUUAGGCUAUAUAGAUUCCAGCUCUGCUAUAGUUAAAGAUACAAAAAACAAGGCAUUUUUGUCCUUGCAGUCUGCAUUUGAAAAUAAUACAUUGGAUGCAAAUAAGGGUAUGGUGAUUGAUUCAAAUACAAAUCAAGUUCUUACCUUGAAGGGGGCUUUGGAUCAAGGUAUGAUAAGAGCCUGUCCAUUCACAUUCUCUCUAUUAGAGGCUCUGCAGUAUGGUUUGUUUGAUGAGAAAUCUGGCCUAAUCUCUAAUCCUUUUAGCGAUAAACCAGAAACAUUAAUGAGUGCUAUAUCAUCUGGCUUAAUCGACCCAUCGUCCACGCUCAUUAAAGAACCUGCAUCGUGUCAUUUCUAUGAUAUCAGCAGUGCUAUCUCGAAAGGAAUUAUAAGCCCCAACAAUGGAAGCCUUCUAGAUUUAGGUGGUUCAACAUCACUUAUGGAUGCAUAUCGUCAGGGGCUGCUGGUACCCUCAGAAAAACGGGUUGCUAUUGAAGAGAAGUUUAGAUUGUAUGUAGAUAAUUCAUCAAAACUGUUAUCUUGGUUACAAGAAAAGGAACUGGAGAUGGCUGAUUUAGGGCUUGUUCGAGAGGAUGCAGAUGAUUUGUACCGACAAAUUAAUACUGCUAAGACCAUUCGUCAAGAACUUGAAGACAAUCAGAGGACAGUAAUGUCCUGCAUUGAUCAAGCACAACAGUUGAUAGAGCAAGGUCAAGAUGUUUUGAGCAAAGAUGAAAUACAUACUGUUCAAAAGAACUCUGAAGUCUUGAAGAAACGUUAUUAUAGAGCAAGCGAUGAGAGUGAAAAACUCCUUAGGCGUUUGAACACUGCACUAGAAGAAUUGCGUAAAUUUUCUAAUGAGCUUAUAAAUUUUAUGGAAUGGCUUAAAGAAUCUCACCUGAAACAGUCUGAAAAAGAGAAGAACUUAGUUGACCUAGAGCAUUUGAAAGAAAAUGCAGAUUCUUAUAAGGCAUUUUCAAGUGAUGUUAUUGCUCAUCAAGCUGAUCUGCGAUUUAUUACAAUAGCUGCUCAAAAAUUUGUAGAUGAAUCAAAGGAUUACUUGAAAGUUUUGAAUAAUUUUCGAACAAAUCUACCUCAAAGACUGGCUCAUUUGGAACCUGGUGAAAGUGAAGUGAAAAUUAAAGUUCAAGAGGUUUCUACAGCCUAUCAAAAUUUGCUCAACAGAAUUGAUCGACUGGGCGAUAAAUUCGGCAUCCUCUAUAACAAGCAACGAAAUUUUGAAGAGUGCAUGGAAAAGGCCACUGCUUGGCUGAACAGUGUUACAAAAACAACAAAAAAAGUAAUCGACGAACCCGUUGCUGCAGAUCCUAGAGCUAUUCAAGAUCAAUUGGAUCGAGUCAAAGCCUUAAAUAUGGAACUGAUUCAACAAGCCCGUUUAAUUGAUGCUGCAAAGCAAGCAGGGAAUUCUCUUCUGGAUGCUUUUGAUGAAGCUGACAUCAGUCCUUCUGAGAAGAGGAAUAUUGAAAAUAAAAUUAAAAGAAUGGAAGAUGAAUAUAAUAAUAUUUGUAAUGCCGUAAAUGGAAGAAGUAAUGAGUUACAAAUGGCACUCUUACAUUCUCAAGAUAUUCAAGAUGGAUUAGACAGAUUAUUGAAAUGGUUGGAUGAUGCAGAAUCAAACUUACGCAAUCAAAACAGACCGGUCAGCUUAAUAAAGGAAAAACUAGAAGAACAAAUUCAGGCUCACAGAGUUUUACUGUCAGAUAUCGAUGGUCAGAAACCUACUUUUGACGCAGUCAAUGAUUCAGCUAGAGAACUUUUAAACAGUUCAAAUCAAAGGUUAGCAAAGAAAAUAGAAUCAAAGCUGAAAGAAGUUAAUCUUAGGUUUGAAAAGUUAUGUGAAAAGGCACAGAAAAGAUCAGAAUUACUUGAAGAUAUAUGCAAAUCUGUUGGUAUCUUUGAAAUUGGUGCCAAAAGAAUGGAAGAGUGGCUGACAGCCAUGUUAGAGUUAAUCCAGAAAAAAGAUUCCAGUGAUUUGUCCAUAACUGAAGACGUCAUGAAUCAAAAAGAAGUUAGAAGAGAAGAGUUUGAAGAAGUGUUGAGAUCAGGCAAAACUUUAGUCAGUAAAAGGGACAUUACUGACACCAGUGUUGUGAAAGAAAGAAUGAGAGCUCUAGAGCAACAGUGGAAAGAACUUGGUGAUUUUGUCUCUGAACAACACCGCAAAAACAAAGAAAAAAUGGAACAACUAUCUGCUUAUGAAGCCUUGAGAGCAAAGAUUUUGGAAUGGUUGACUUCCAUGGAAUUUAAAGUGGAUGCUUUAGAACCUGUAGCUUUGGAUAAAGAGGUGCUCCGUAGACAGUCAUUGGAAAUCAAGACAUUGUCCAAGGAAUAUGCUGAUUACUCAACAACUAUUGACAAAGUAAAUGAUCUUGGAAACAGCUAUGACGCUAUGCUAAAAGGUGAAAGUCCUCGACAUUAUUCUGGAAGUCCCAGGAAAUCUGCAAGUCCUACCAGAAUGUCUCCACCAAAACAUCGCAGGUCACCUGAUUAUGGAUCACCUUCUGGACGAGGUAUUCAAAGCCCACUAUCUAGUAUAUCGAGUGGAUUUGGCAGCUCAAGAAGUUCGGCAGAUAAUCUCGGUGGCAUUGAAGACCUUACUCCAAUUCAACAACAACUUGCUGAAAUAAAUCACAGAUAUAGUCUAAUUGGAAUAAAACUUUCUGAUCGUAGUCAAGAGAUAAAUUCCUUCUCAGAUGAAGUUAAAGUGUAUUUAGAUAGUCUUAAGAAUUUGUUGAGUUUCGUUCAAUCGAAAGAACGUCAAAUGCCAAAGGAACCUAUGCCUGUUCAUCGUGACCAAGCAGCUAAGCAACUACAAGCUCUGAAAGCUAUUCAGGACGAUAUGUUAGAAAGGCAAUUAGAAUUUGAUAGAUUAAAGUCUCAGACAGAAGAUUUAGCUCGAAGAAAGCCUACUACACCUGGUAUUGAUAAUUUACAGAUGCAAAUGUCUGACUUAGCUCAAAGAUGGAAUGAAUUACUGGCCACUCUGAAGGAUAAGACCUCAUUCCUGCAAGAUUUAAAAGAUUUCCAGGAUUCCCAAGAGGCUAUGAACACAUGGUUAGGUCAAAAAGAGAAAAUGUUCCAAGUACUGGGUCCCAUUGCCUCAGAUCCUCGCAUGGUUACUUCACAAAUUCAACAAGUUCAGGUGCUAAGAGAUGAAUUUACAUCACAAGAACCUAUCUUAAAUAAGAGCAGAGAGUGUGGCCAUGCUAUCUUAGAUCACCUUGAUGUAAACAGUCCAGCAGCUAAAAAAAUAAGGGAACAGCUACAAAAUACAAAUUUGCGUUGGGAUGAUUUGAUGAAUAAAUUAACUGAUCGUGAACAAAAUCUCGCAGCUGCAAGUGGAGCAGCAAAAGAAUUCCAAGACAGUCUGAACAGACUUCAAGAUCGCUUACAACACAUUUCUGAUGACUUUGAUCAUCUUUCUGAAGCUGGAACUGAUGCAGUUGAUCAGCUCAGAAAGCUGAAUGACUUAGAAGAGCAAUUGGAAGAUCAGCGCCCCUUACUAGCUGGUGCCGAAGCUGUAUGUGAACAACUCUGUGAUGUUUUGAGUGACCCAGCUUCCAAAUCAGAAAUAAAAAACAAACUGAAUGGUGUGGAAAAACAAUAUAAUAACCUGAACAGGAAAAUGAACAACAGAAAAGCUGAACUCGAAUCAGCCCUUAAAGAAGACAAAGACUUCUAUCUGUCUUUUGAUCGCAUUCAACAAUGGCUGAACGAUAUGGAAGAUACUUUAUCACACGAAUUCCUUGUAUCGGCAGACCAAGACAUCCUGAAACGUCAAGCUCAGGAGUUCGAGAGUGUUUACAAGCAAGUUCUUUCGAAGGAUCACGAAGUUCACUUAUUGAUGAGUAAAGGAGCUGACAUGCUUCAAAAAGUUACUCGCAAAGUGGAUGCAGCCCAACUUCAAAAUAAAAUGGAUUCUACUAAACGUCAGUGGGAAAAAGUUCGUAAAAUCGCAAAUGAUAGACACACCCUCCUACAGAAAUGCUCUGAGAACUGCAAAAAAUAUCACAACUCUUGUAAUUCUUUUGUACCUUGGCUUAACAAGUGUGAAGAUAAAGUUCAAAGUUUGCAACCAAUCAGUUUCCAAAAAACUCAACUUGAUAAACAAGUUAAAGAAAUUCAGGGUAUUAAAAAUGAUCUCAUUAAGCACUCUCAAGAAUUUGAAAAUACUUGUAACUUUGGAGAAGUUUUGAUUUCCUGCUGUGACAUUGAUGUUGAAAAUGUUCGAGAUGAUACUGACAGACUAAGAAAAAGGUGGGACAGACUGAAUCAUGAUGUGUUGGAAAGAGCUCAAGCAUUAGAUGAUAUUUCUCAUAAACUCAAUGUUUAUCAAGAUAAAGCUCGUGAUGUUAAUCACUCAUUGCAUAGACUUGAAGACAGGCUGCUCUCCCAUGAUGCUUUAGGAGAUAGUUCAAAAGAUCCAAAAUUAUUAGCCAGGAUGAAGGCUCUUCUAAACGAAGCAGGCGAUGUAAAACGUCAGUUGAAUGGUUUGAGAGACUAUGUUGAUAUUUUAGUAUCUGAGGCUUCACCCUCAGUCGAUACUUCUCAUAUCACCAAUGAAGUAGAGGACUUGGAAAAUCGCCAUAGAAUUUUAACUCAAAAAUUAGAAGAUAGAUGUUGUGAUCUGGAAUCUGCCUCUGAAGUUAUUGCUCAAUUUAAUAACAAAAUGAAAGAUGCUCACCUAGAUUUAAAUCACCUAGAAGAAGAACUGGAUAAUAUGUCUCCUAUUGCAAGGGAUGUGAAGACACUAAAUGCCCAAAUUAAUCAAAUUAAAAAUUAUUUGCAUCGACUGAAGCGAGCCAGAGAUGAUUUUGAAGAUGUUGAACAUCAAUGUAAUGACAUUAUCACUCACGGUUAUACACCAGAUCCUAAAGGUUGUCGAAAUCAGUUGGAUAGUUUACAGCGCCAACUCAUUAGACUGGAAGAAAGAGCAAAAACGAGAGAUAAUAAUUUGGAUGCUAUGUUAACAAGAUUAGAAAGAUUUUAUGAAGACUACACUCAUAUAUCUAGAGACUUGGAAGAUACUAUUCAUGAAGAACGAUCUUUUAAAUCUGUUGGAGGAGAAGUUGAUGCCAUUCGCUCUCAACAGGAAGAAUUUAAGCACUACCAUAAAGAUAGAUUAGAGCCACUAGGAAAACAGAUAGAUGGCAUCAACAAAGUUGGACAAGGUUUAAUCCAAUCUGCAUCCUCAGGAGUGGAUACAUCUAUAUUGGAACAAGACUUGGAUUCUCUUAAUGAAAAGUGGAACAAUUUGAAACAGAAAAUGAAUGAGAGAGAGAGAAAACUGGAUAUAGCUUUCUUACAGUCUGGUAAGUUCCAAGAUGCCCUGGAUGGUGUGCAGAAAUGGUUGGAAGAUACAGAAGAAAUGGUUGCUAAUCAAAAACCUCCUUCCGCUGAUUAUAAAGUUGUUAAAGCUCAAUUACAAGAACAGAAGUUCCUGAAUAAACUACUUUUCGAUCGACAAAACAGCAUGUCCUCUUUGAUGCAAAUGGGAUCAGAAAUAAUGAAAAAUGCUGAACCUAUGGAACGUAUGCAGAUAGAAUCUCAACUGAAUGACUUAAUGCAUAGGUUUGAUGAAUUGUCCAAUUCUGCUCAGGAACGCACUGAUGCACUCGAAAGAACCAUACCAGUUGCUAAAGAAUUCCAAGAUCGUAUUAUACCUCUAGAAGAGUGGUUAGAACAAACUGAGAAGAAGUUGGCAGCAAUGGCUACCAUUCCUACAGACCAGGAGAAAAUUAGGAAACGUAUGAUAGAGCAUGAGGCUCUCCAUGAUGAUAUAAUGGAUCACAAGGCUGCAUUUGAAGAAUUAACAGAGGUGGCUCAAACUCUAAUGAGCUUAGUAGGUGAUGAUGAAGCACAGAUGGUCGUAGAAAAAUUGCAAGAUGCCACAAACCAUUUUGCUAAAGUUGUGGAGGACAGUGAACACAUUGGUCAACUAUUGGCUGAAGCAUUCCAAGGACUUGGCUCAUUUAACAUGAACUAUGAAGAUCUCAUGGCUUGGAUUGAUGAAAUGGCGUCACGUUUUUCACGCUUCCGCACAUUGAGUGUGUAUGUUGAUAAACUGCAAGAGCAACUGGAUGAACUUGUUGAACUGAGUGAGGAAAUUGCAGAUCACCAGAAGCAAGUUGAUGAGGUUGCUAAUGCAGGUCAAGAAAUAAUGAAGCAUGCAUCAGGUGACGAUGUUAUUCGUAUGAAAGAAAAACUUGAUAAUCUGAGUGUAAAAUUCACAGACCUGACUAGUCGCGCAGCAGAUAAAUUGAGACAAGCUCAAGAUGCCUUACCCCUGGUACAAAAUUAUCAUGCAUCGCAUGAAAGAGUUAUAGUCUGGAUGGAGGAUACAGAAAGGCAACUUAAAAACUUAGAAAAUGUUGGACUUUCUAGCCAGGAGACUAUUAUUCAAAGACUUGAAGGAGAAAUCCAAGAAUAUAGACCUUUGGUUGAAACUCUAAAUCAUCUAGGUCCUCAGUUGUGUCAGAUGUCGCCAGGUCAAGGAGCAGCAGAUAUAGAAAAUCAAGUAACUCGUAUCAAUCGCAGAUUUGAUGCUAUAUGUGAACAAGUUCAAAGAAAAGCAGAACGGAUUGAUUUAUCAAAGCAGAGAAAUGUUGAAGUUAUUAGUGAUAUUGAAGACUUAUUAGACUGGUUUCAUGAUGUUGAAAAACAAUUAUUACAAGCUGAGCCUUUAACAGCUAAUCCAGAUUCAUUAGCUGUCUUACUUAAAGAACAAAAGGUUCUAAAUGACGAGGUGAGCAGUCAAAAAGGGCGCGUGAGAGAUAUCUUGUCUUCUGCCAAAAAAUUAAUGAGAGAGUCGAGUGGAAACGAUCUAGCAGAAGUGAGAAACAAAGCGGAUGAACUGAAAGAAGUUGCAAAUUCUGUGUCUGCCAUGUGUGCUGAUCGUCUAGCUGUCCUUGAGCAAGCGUUGCCACUAGCAGAACAUUUCUUUGAAACUCAUGCUGAUCUAUGCCAGUGGUUAGAUGAGAUUGAAAGUGAAGCUGAAUUGAUGGAAACACCUGCCAUGAAUGCACACCAAAUCAAAAAACAACAAGAUAGAAAUAAGGCUUUGAUGCAGUCCGUGCAUGAACAUAAACCUCUUGUUGACAAGCUGAAUAAAACAGGGGCUGCACUGAAAAAACUUUGCAUACCAAAGGAGGCUCAUAAAGUGCAGAACAUAAUGGACUCUGAUAACAGUCGAUAUAAUGCACUUAAAGAUAUACUUCGAGACAGACAAAAUGCUUUAGAAGAAGCUAUGCAAGCAACGUCUCAGUUCUCUGAUAAACUUGAUGGCAUGCUGAAUUCCCUGAGUAAUACUGCUGAGCAACUUCAGAAUGCUGAACCAGUUGCAGCUCAUGUAGAAAAACUGGAAGAACAAUUAAAUGAUAACCAAGCUGUUCUUCAGGAUCUUGACAAAAGAUCGAAUGCAUUAGAAGCUGUAAAAAGGGCUGCUGAUGAUGUCAUUGUUAAAGCAGGUGGAGCUAGAGAUCCAGCUGUUAAAGAUAUUAAACAGAAGCUUGACAAACUCAAUCAAUUAUGGGAUAAUAUUCAAAAAUUGGCAAGCAAUAGGAAUAGAUCCCUGGAGGAUGCCCUAGCAGCUGCUGAGCGUUUCUGGGAUGAGUUGACUAUGGUUAUGAAAGCUCUAAAAGAGCUCCAAGAUAGUUUGAAUGCCCAAGAACCUCCUGCUGUUGAACCGAGUGCUAUACAACAUCAGCAAGAUGCAUUGGAGGAAAUCAAACAAGAAAUUGAGCAAACUAAACCCGAAGUUGAGCAAUGCCGCCAAGCUGGCCAAGAUUUGAUGCAACUGUGUGGAGAACCUGAUAAACCUGAGGUUAAGAAGCAUAUUGAAGAUUUGGACUCUGCUUGGGAGAAUGUUACAUCUCUGUAUGCUAAACGUGAACAAAAUUUGGUGGAUGCUAUGGAGAAAGCCAUGAAUUUCCACGAUAUUCUCGGAAAUAUCUUGGAAUUUUUGGAUUCUGCAGAAGAAAGUUUUGCUGCUUUAGGGCCAGUUGGUUCAGACAUUGAAGCUGUGAAAGGCCAAAUUCAACAGUUGCAGGAAUUCAAGCAAGAAGUUGAUCCUCACAUGGUUGAAAUAGAAUCCCUCAACCGACAAGCUCAUGAGCUCAUGGAAAGAACAUCUCCCACUCAAGCUAAAGCUAUAAGGGAACCAUUGGCGGAAAUAAACCGUCGCUGGGAUGACUUGCUCAAGGGUAUCGUUAACAGACAGAGGGAGUUGGAGAAUGCUUUAUUACGCCUUGGUCAAUUCCAACAUGCAUUGGAUGAGUUUAUGGCAUGGAUGUCAAAAACAGAAAAAACUCUGGAUGACCUUACACCUGUCUUCGGUGAUCCUCAAGUUAUUGAAGUUGAACUUGCUAAGCACAAAGUAUUGAUGAAUGAUAUUCAAGCUCAUCAAACUAGUGUAGACACUCUCAAUUCGGCUGGUAGGCAGUUAAUUGAAGCUAACCGUGGUAGUGAAGAUGCCAGCGUCACUCAGAGCAAAUUGAACAAGUUAAAUAAGAGAUGGCAAUUCUUACAAGACAAAGCUGCUCAACGACAGAGGGAGUUGGAAGAAGCGUUACACGAGGCUCAAAUUUUCAACCAAGAGAUCCAAGAUUUAUUGAUGUGGCUUAGUGAUAUUGAUAGUCAGUUAGUAUCUUCUAAACCAGUGGGUGGUCUACCAGAAACAGCUAGAGAACAACUUAAUAGAUUUAUGGAACUUUAUAAUGACCUAGAUAACAAUAAACACAAAAUAGAUUCGGUGAUGCAACAAGGUCAAGAUUACCUGAAGCGUUCAAAUGAAGGGGCAGCUGGUAAUUUGCAGCAUAACCUUAAAACUCUCAAACAACGCUGGGAAAAUGUACUCAAUAGAGCCAACGAUAGAAAAAUUAAAUUGGAGAUUGCACUCAGAGAAGCAACAGAAUUCCAUGGAGCCUUACAAGAUUUUGUUGAAUGGCUCACAAAUGCUGAAAAAUUCCUUACUAGUCUGAAGCCAGUAAGCAGAGUAAUGGAUGUCGUACUCGAACAAAUCGAAGAUCACAAAGCUUUCCAAAAAGAAGUCAGUGCUCAUCGAGAAGUGAUGCUCAACUUAGACAAAAAAGGAACACACUUGAAAUAUUUCAGUCAGAAGCAAGAUGUCAUUCUAAUUAAGAACUUACUGAUCAGUGUUCAACAUAGAUGGGAAAGAGUUGUUUCAAAAGCUGCGGAAAGAACCAGAGCUUUAGACCAUGGAUACAAAGAAGCAAAGGAAUUUCAUGAUGCUUGGUCAGAUCUCAGUCAUUGGCUGGAUGAUGCGGAGAAACAACUGGAUGUACUUACCCACGUUGGUAAUGAUCCUGAGAAGAUAAAGCAAAUGUUAGCUAAGCAUAAAGAAUUUCAGCGAACUCUUGGCUCAAAGCAACCCUAUUUUGAUGGAACCAUGAAACUUGGUAGAAAUCUCAAAGAAAAAUGUCCUAAAGUAGAUGUGCCCGUUUUGCAGGAUAUGAUGGAUGAUCUGAAGAAUAAGUGGAAUAAUGUCUGUGCCAAAUCUGUUGAUAAGCAACGAAAACUGGAAGAAGCUCUCCUGUUCUCUGGUCAAUUUAAAGAUGCUGUUCAAGCUCUCAUCGAUUGGUUAGAAAAAGCUAAAAAAACUUUAUCUGAAAACCAGCUCUUGCAUGGAGAUCUAGACACUGUCAUGGCUCUUGUGGAUCAACAUAAAUCUUUCCAAGAUGAAUUAAAGAGUAGAGCAAACAAUCUGGAAUCAGUACGAAGAACAGCCAGGGAAUUGUUAGAAACUGCCAGUGAAGAGGAUGCCAAUCAUAUUCGAGAACAGUUGUCACAACUUGAUCAAAUGUGGAUUGAUGUUGCCAAUCUGGCAGAAGAAAAACAAAGAAAGCUUGAUGAAGCCCUUCACGAAGCUGAAAGACUGCAUAAAGCUGUCCAUAUGUUACUUGAGUGGUUGUCAGAUGCAGAAAUGAAGCUUAGAUAUUCUGGUCCCUUGCCAGAUGAUGAAGAAACUACCAAACAACAAAUAGCUGAUCAUGAAAACUUCAUGAGAGAGAUGAUUGAACAGGAAGUGAACAAAGAUACCACCAUCGCCCAUGCUCAAGAAAUACUGAAAAAGUGCCACCCAGAUGGUGUGUCGGUUAUUCGCCAUUGGAUAACCAUCAUUCAAUCACGAUGGGAAGAGGUAUCAUUGUGGGCCAAACAGCGAGAACAGCGUCUCAAUGAUCACCUGAGAUCCCUGAGAGACAUUCUUGAUCUUUUGGAAGAACUUUUGAACUGGUUGAUCAGUGCAGAAAAUACUCUCACUACACUAGAAGCAGAACCAUUACCAGAUGAAAUUCCUGUUCUUGAACAACUCAUAGCAGACCACCAAGUAUUCAUGGAUGACAUGACCAAACGACAACCUGAUGUUGAGCGGGUGACCAAAGCUUUCCAAUCUAAACGCCAACCACCUCAACAACAGCAAAGUCAUCCAGGAAAAGACAAAGGUCGUGAAAGGCAUGAAUCGGCACACGAUCGCAAAUCUGGAAGAAGUACUCCCUCAAUACCCAAAACACCUGCAAACCGUCAAGGUUUUGAACCUGAAAUUAAAAAUCCUAGAGCUAGGGAGCUUGUAGACAGGUGGAGAAAUGUCUGGCUUCUAGCUAUGGAGCGACAGCGCAGACUUCAAGAUAAACUGAACUAUCUUAAAGAGCUGGAAAGAAUAAAGAACUUUGAUUUUGAUGAAUGGCGUAAAAAGUUCCUGGCAUGGAUGAAUAACAAAAAAUCCAGAGUAAUGGAUUUGUUCCGAAAAAUUGAUAAAGAUAAUGACGGAAAAGUAACUCAAGAAGAAUUUAUUGAAGGCAUUCUGAAAUCUAAAUUCCCAACUAGUCGCUUAGAAAUGGAAAGGGUGGCUGAAAUAUUUGAUCGCAAUGGUGAUGGCUUCAUUGACCACAAAGAAUACAUAGAUACUCUUCGACCUGAUCGAGAAAAGGGACCACUGACAGAAGCUGAAAAAAUACAAGAUGAAGUUCAACGACAAGUUGCUGAAUGUACAUGUGCUCAACGAUUCAAAGUAUAUCAAGUUGGUGAAGGCAAAUACAGGUUUGGUGAGUCUCAAAAGUUGCGGUUAGUGCGAAUUUUACGCAGUACUGUAAUGGUAAGAGUUGGAGGAGGAUGGGUAGCGUUAGAUGAAUUUUUGGUAAAGAAUGAUCCCUGCAGAGCCAAAGGUAGAACGAAUCUUGAACUGAGAGAACAAUUCAUACUGGCAGAAGGUGUUAGUCAGUCACUUCAACCUUUUAAACCUAAAGCCAGUCCCAAUUCAUCACAGUCUUCCCAAAGUGCAUCCUUUAAUCGAUUGCCUGCAACGGGUCCCAUAACAAAGGUAAGAGAAAAAAGUGAACGCAGUGUUCCCAUGAGUAAGCAAAGAAGCAACGAUUCUGCUAGUGACUUCAGUUAUAGUGAUGCAGAUAGUAGUUUUGGCUCAAAAUCAGCAAAGUCUAGAACUCCCAACCGACUGACUCCAGGAGGUUUCAGUACCCGUAACGGUAAGCCGUCGAGCAGGCCGUCCAGUCGUCCGCCGAGCCGAGCGGCCAGUGAUCUCUCGGCCAACGAUGUCGAUAGCUACAGAGCCCGUAAGAUGGGGUCAUCUGGUGCCAGGCAACGCACUCCCAGUGCCUCGUCUCAGACAUCCGGGCGAGGGAGCGGCACCAAAAUUCCCACGGUGCGUCGCACCCCCUCCUUCACAAAUUCUUCCAGCAAGACUGAACCUGUGAGGCGAGAAAGAGAACGAUGGAAAUGAAAAGUUUAAUUGUAUAGAUAAUUAUUACUGCUGACUCUUUAACAGGUGAUGAGGCUUUACUAAAGUAUAAUCCGGCAUUAUACAAACUGCCAUCGUAAGGAACUGGCGAGUUCCUUGUUUUUCUAACUGUGAUACCAGGAUAAAAGUCUUUGUGGAGAGAAAGCUGGUAUUCUAUUAUUAACUCUUAACACUAUUCCUUUUUAUCAUAUCAUUAACGUAAAUAAUGGUUAGCGGUUGGACUGGAAUAUAUUUAUUCCGUUAACAUUCCAACUACCUAAUUUAUUGAGUGGCCAUUAGAUGUUUCAAAACAAUGUGGCUUGCCUUUUGAAAAUAUUGAUCAAAGCCUUUUUAUGCGAUGUAUAGUGCAUAUUUUUAAAAUAGUCAAAGCCUGUCGCUAUGAGAUCUGAUUUAGUAAAAAAGGAAUUCGUUACUUUAAUGGAGCAUUCGGUGAAAUGAGUGCUUUUCAGGUAUUUUUGCAAACACAAGUGCCAAGUGGACUUUCCCUGAAAAUAGGUUCUUUGAAAAUAUAUUUAAUUUCAUAAAACAUUUUAAUGAAUUCUAAUAUUUUAAUGGUUACCUUUUUAGAAAAUCUAGAGUUUCAUCAAUGCUUUAUAUAGAAAAUGUUUUCUCAUCUGUGGAGGAUGAUUUAUUUUUGGAUGACCAUUCCUCAAUAUUUGUAUUUUUAAUGAACUAUUUUAAUCAUAGCUUAUUCUCUAUUAAUUUCUUAACGAAAGCAAACCCAAUGUUUGCAUACAUUUUUAAUAUAAGAGUGCAUUCUCAUUCAUUAACAUUUUUUUGUUUGCUUGUUUUUGUUCAUUAAAAUGUUUGUAUAAA